CUAUUGUGUAAUCUCGUGAACAACCAAAUUGUUUCCAGAACGAGAUCCACAUCAGGCUCUAAAUAUUUAUCUUGAAUAUCAUUGUAUUUGAAUAUCCAGUAAGUGUCGAAUAUACAUCCAUAUGCGGAUCACUGGGUACUAAAAUAGAUGAAAAACAGGCCAAAACCAGAUGCAGCACGAAGAAACUUUGGGAACAUAAAUGCAAAGAUGGCGACGAUCAAUUUAUCCCGCGCUGUGACAAUGCAAAACGAGAGAGAAGAUCGUUCCAUGUAUCUUCAGUUCAGUGCUUUGAUCGCACUCCAAUAAUCAAACGCAACGUUGCAUGUUUGCUCAACCGAAACAAUUUACUAAGUCAGUGGUUAAUUUCUCUCGCACUGGUAUAAAAUCAUUCAUAGACAGUUCUUUUCACUUCCUCGCGUAAAUUUCCACAGAGCGACGGGCUGAUCAAGUCUAAUUAUCUUUGCGCUAAUUUGUUCUAUAAAAUGGAUAGUUCUUUUCAAAGGAAAAUAGUUUUAAUAACGGGUGCAUCGAGUGGAUUAGGAGCCGCAAUUGCUCGCAAAUUUGCAGAGCAUGGUACAUUGUUGUCACUGACUGGAAGAAAUGAAGUCAAUUUGGAAAAUGUUGCCAAAGACUGUAAAGAUAAAGGAGCGAGAGAAGUGCUAACAAUAUUGGCUGACUUUGUAAAUUUAGAAGAUAUUAAAAAAGUAGCAGAGAAAACCAUUGUGAAAUAUGGGAAACUCGAUGUUCUCAUUAAUAAUGCAGGAGUGGCAAGAUUUGGAGUUCUGGAAAGUGUGAAGUUCACAGAUUUUGACUGGAUGUUUCAAAUUAAUAUCAAAUCUGUAGUUUAUCUGUCUCAGUUAUUGAUCCCACAUUUAGUAAAAUCCAAGGGAAAUAUUGUUAAUCUCUCCAGCGUGGCCAGUACAAUACAAUAUCCCCAAGCUCUUAUUUACGGAAUGACUAAAUCUUCCCUGGAUCAGUUUACGAAAACAAUUGCUCUCGAAUAUGCUCCUAAAGGAGUUAGAGUUAAUGCUGUGAAUCCAUCGGGUAUACGGACAUCACUACUUCGACAUGAAUUUGAGAAUAAUCAAGAUGCAGAUUCAGCAUGGGACAAUUUUGCCCAGUUUCAUCCAAUGGGUAGACUUGGGACGGUUGAGGAUGUCGUCAGCGCAGUAAUGUUUUUGGCAUCUGAUGCUUCUAGUUGGACGACAGGGCAAUGUUUAGUGCUGGAUGGCGCCAGGUCGUUAAAUGCCAACUAACUCUAAACGUGGUUGUAUUUUCUAAAGUCUUUCACAUUUUUCAUUUGUUGAGUUCGAUCAAUAAAACCAUACAGAAUGUCAGUUCUCUGUUAUUAUAAUUGGGCUGAUUUGCGUCAAACAAUACCAUACUGAUUAUACAUUCCAAACCUCCAAUUCACCUUGUACCAGUGGUGAGCUGUGGCCGGAUCGCACCGGAACGGCGUUCCGGUUGUUUGACAUUUUACUUCAUUUUUCGUUCCUGUUGUUGAAUAAAAUUGUGGUACAAAAAGUCUAGUUUCUCUGGUAAACUUAGUUAUUAAUUUAUGUUUUGUUACAUCAUAAUUCGUACGACUUUUCACGUCACACCACGCAAAUAAUUAGUAGUACAGCAGUAACGUGUAAUAGAUGUUUCCCCAACUUUUGACCCCGUGAAAGUUCAUUCUAUACCUUUCUCAUAACUAGAUUUGUAUUGAAUUGCUAUGAAUACUCUUAUAAUAUUAUACAAACAUAUUUCAUAUAAUUUAUUCGCAGUUCUGUAAACGUACGCGUCGUGUUGUGAAUAUAUUACAUUUUUGCAAAUUAGGUGCGUUCCGGUUGUUACGAUUUUUUCAGCUCAUCCCUGCCUUGUACACGUUGGUUGGUUGGUUAUACAGCGGAUUAACUUUUGCACGAUUCUAUAAAGUGUGACAAAUAAUCAAUUUCAAAAAGGGGUAUUACACAAAUAUUGCAUCGUUUCAAACAUUAGUUUACAAACUCAUAAUAUUCCUGAAUUAGGAAAAAUGUUGAGGGAUUUGUGGGAAUCUGGCCAUACAGAGUAACUUGCUAUCCGCUUCCCAAACCAGUCAUAAAAUCAAGACAAGUUUAUUUUUAUUAGCUGAUCUAGUAUUCAUCAUUGUCGCAUGCCGUUGGAGUUCACUCAGAGUAGACAGAAUGGCCCGUCGCUCACGGCUCUUAGCGAAUAAAGGGACGUGCUACGGUGCAUACGAACUUGUGUAAAAAAUCACUUAUGAUGUGUACUUUGGGCACAUCUGCUAUUUUUUACAAUAUCUGCAGUUGAACGUUCAAAAAUUGAAGAGAAGAAGAAGAUGAUUAUUUUUUCAAUUCAACCUUAAUAUUCUAUUACUAUUUUUCAACUAUAAUUUUGCUGAAAUUGAAUAAAGAGAUUUACUCGUUGACUUACUACAUUCCCGCCACACAAGGUAACAUCAUAUUUUGACAUAAAUUUAUUAGCAGAAAAGGUAUAGGGUGUUACUGAGUUUUAUGAGAAUGUAUUGCUUGAGGAAUCCAAUUGUACAUACAUCGCUGCGUUCAACUAGAAAACGAAUUAACUUGUAACCUGUAGAGCAGUGGUUCCCAAACUUUUUACUGUUGGGACCCACUAUUUAUUACCACAGCUUAUGGCGACUCAUUUAAUUUUUAUGACAUAACACAGAACACAGCAAUGGCUAAUCAUCGCAA